CUCAUCUUCUCCCUCCUCAUCUUCAAUUUCUCCAUACUUUCUCUCUCCUUAUUUUUCUCUUACUUGAACAUUAAACAACCACCCGAAUCACCACCGAAGAAAUGGGAUUUCCGGCAGGAUACACGGAGGUGCUCCUCCCUAAACUCCUCCUCACCACCCUCUCACUCUUAGGCUUCGUCCGCAAGCUCGUCCUCUCUCUCCUCCGCCUCCUCGGCCUCUCUUCCUUCGUCGAGCCCGGCAAUGAACUCGACCAGCCCGAACCCGGCCCGAUACACGGUAUCUCCUCUGCUGGCGCCCUCAUCCGCGAGAUGCUACCCGCCGUCACAUACGCUGAGAUCCUCGCACUCGCCGGGCCCUUCGGGCCCGAAGAGUCCGACCUGCCUGAGGGUUGCGCGGUUUGUCUGUAUGAGUUUGAGGAAGAAGACGAGAUCCGACGGAUGAGGAAUUGCCGGCACAUGUUCCACCGGUGCUGUGUGGACCGUUGGAUCGACCAUGAUCGAAAGACAUGCCCGCUAUGUAGGAAGCCAUUUGUGCCAGAGGAAUUGCAGGAAGAUUUCAAUGAGAAGCUAUGGGCUGCUUCUGGCAUCCCUGAUUUUUACUCUGAAUAUUCCCCUAUCACCAAUUUCUUGUAGUUUGAUAGGUGGUAAAAAAAAAAGAGUAAAUAGCACUUUUCUUUCUAUUGCCUAGCUUUUUGGGCCGACAUUUUUAGGUAGUUUUUAAAUCCAUAGGUUUUGGGUUGGUGAUCGAAGACCUAUCGAGCUAAGUUAGUUGAUAUCCACAUCAGAGACUCGAGCUGAGUCCUAUCCGAUGUACAUAUUACUGAAUACUUACAAAUGAAAGGAAAAAAAAUGAAAAUAUUUUCAUGUAA